CGUACUUGGGUAUUUUGGACAUUGUCCUAGCCUCGAACCAAGCAGAAAUUAAUGUCUUAUCCAUUUGGCUAUUUGUACAAAGCUGAUGCUCUGCUGCAAAUAUCCUCUUGAUAUUGUUAUUGAAAACCCCAUCCACAGUAAAGUACCCUUUAAUAGCGGUGGCAUCUCGUGAUGACAACUAAACAAUCUAGGCAACUUCGCAGCGCGUUUUGUCGCCAAGCCAAAAGACGAAACACAACUACUAGCACCUUUUAUCGUAGAGUUAUUAGCCAUAGCCGGCGAUAUCAAAAGGAAAGGGACGAUAUAUCGGUCCCGGCCUCCACUAUGGCGUAUUACUCGAACUAUGAUGAUGGUCCUGCACGGGUCUUGCAGCAGACGAUGCUCCCUCAGAUCCCAGCGCUGUCACAUACCUUCCAACAUACUACAUUCUCUUACCCCUCUGGCGUACGACCUGCCUCUCUCAACGAGAUUUAUGGCCUGGCUUUAGGAAUAUGUUUCCUAGUCUUGCUUAUGGGAUGGCUUCUCUUGGUAGGUAUACGACUUGGCAUUAGGUCCUUAGCUACGAAAGGAGGCAAGACAACCCAUAAUAUGGACCUAGAGUGCUGCCACAUACCGAAGGAACGACCCCUAAAAGAAGAUAGAUCGCUCUUAUCUAAGUUGAGAAAAGUAUCGGCGGAAGAUCUCAUCAAAUCGGCCUGGCACAAGACCACAGAUCUUGCUACUAGCAUUGAGAGGGAUGCAUGCGAGCUUAGGAGGACAACGCACCCCCGACACAGAUUGGACGAGGAGGCGGCUCUUGGUAAUGUGGAAAGCAGUGGAACUAAGGGUAGUGGUUCUUUUUUACGCAAAACAUGCCGGACAGCGGAUGUGCUGUCUGUCUAGAGGAGGAACUGAAGGUCCGACGUAGGACAAAUCGUAGGAUCCUACGCCUGUUUCAGCGGUCGGUGGAUGUUGAAGAGCUGUGAGGGACGAGCACUGCUAGUAAUAUCGAUGAGUAAAUCUUGGAUGCAUAGGACGGGGGCUUGGUUGAAGAAUAGCGCUCCUACGGCCUGCCAGGGUUUCCAAUCAUUCAUUAUAUGCGUCCCCCCUUAAAAGCGUUUGAU